AUGCCAAUGGAGCUGUGGGGAUGUGGUGGGGACAAUUGCAGCGUCUGCCAACUUCUCGACAAUUCCGAUGACGUCAAUCCUCCGAUCUUCCCAGCUCAAUCCGAAUACCCCGUCAUCCUCCACGGCGAGUGGGUCAGUUCGAGAUGUGAAGUGCGCCCUCAGGUAUUCUUUCUAAUUAGGCACCUAAUUUUCCAUGGCAACCACACCUGGGAAGGCUAUUACCACCACUACUCCGACCCUUUCUGCAGAAAUCCAACUUUCUCGUUGUAUGCGAAGGGGUAUCACUCGGAGGGAUUAAAAUCGGAUAUUGUGAGGGGUGGCACCGAGUAUGACUUUAUAACAACUGAAAUGAGGAUCACACCCAAGGAUACUGGUACGACGGAACUGCUAAACGUUUUCGAAGGGGACGAAUUGUGUGGACAACAAGGAACGUGGAAACUUGGCACUGAGCAGGAUGUUACGCAGACCUACGGCUGUGCAGCUUUGGGAAUACGCUUGCCUCACACUGAAUACGAACUGAUGCGAAUGGAGUAUGACGCAUUUCGCCGCACGGUGCUCUUGUACAACGGCCAGCGACCUAGCGAUGGUAGCAACCCAACGACGGCCGAUAAACGACCGACGUCAUACCAAACGCCACUGGUUCAGUGCGGUGGCAUCAAUAUCUUAUCAAGAGACUCUAACUCGGACUCCUCAGACAAUGACAAUUCACUGAACAGUGCCCCUUCAACACCUUGGCAACAUGUCGCCCUGGCAACGUUGCUUCUGAACAGCAUUCUCUUAUCUUAGUACCGUGUAAAUAAUAUUGAGAAAUUAAGUUAGUCUGUCAUAAGCUGCUUCCAUUUUUUCUCAGAACAUAUUUCAGAAUCCCAUAUUUUUUAGCUGCAAAGUAUAUUUUUCUAAUGCCCUAGUUGAGAGUCGUCAUCAUUUGAAGUCUGCUUCCACUGUUUGUUUAUCCAAUUCUAUCGCUACAACACUCCCAAUUAUCGUUGCAAGAAUUGUCAAUAAUCUCCUUCUACGUCUGCUGUACACUCCUUUAUUGAGACAACAAUCAAUACCAAAACUUGAUUAUCAUUCGGAAAUUGACGGGGAAAAUGGGCUUAGAUACGUAAUUUAAACCACUGAGAGACGAAAUACCGAAGACGAUAGCGGUUUUUGCAGAGAAGUGAGUCGGGUUAGGAUGAAAGGACGGUUAGAAAGAAUGGCUCCGGUUCCAGUUGGCUUGAUAUUUUUGCUUUCUUUUCACACAAAUAUCCAAUACAUAGUGGGUUAUUUUUUUUUUUCAUUUCGUAUAGAGCCCAGAUUCCGGAUCAACCGCAUGCCUCCCACAGGAAAUGAAAUAUUUACGCCAAAAUGAACAAUUUAUUUUGAAAGGUAUAUAGAAGGAGAAAAACCGAUUACGUUUUUAUGUUAUUUACUGCUUAAAGAAGAUUAGAUUUUCAUAUUAUUGCGUCUCUUGAUAUCUUAUCUUAAGAAUGUAUUAUAUAUUCCAGAAAAAGCAACUGCGGAACAGGGAAUCGACUUUGUGUAUUAUGCAAAUUUACCUGUAGCCAAUUUCAGUGGAUUUUUAUACAGUGUUGUAAUAUAUUAUGCUGUGUUUUAUUUCUUAUUUCCAAUUUUGGUAUUUUAAUUGAAAGACUUUGGGGGUAUUUUAUUUUAGAAGAUAUGUUAUUUCCUAUAUUAUAGUCGACAUAUCUCCUUUAAAUUGGAUAUGCAAAUAAUAAAUCAUGUUAAAUAACAAAUCAUUAUUAAUAUCACUUGUUUAAUUACGCCAUCAUGCUCUGUACGGUGACAUCGCUGGUAACACCAUGAUGAAGAAUGCAGCGUGUUUUGACAGUUUGCUGAAUAAAAUGUUUCAUUUUGUA